AGUAAUUUUCUACGAUCGUUUGUUAUCUCCGACAAAUUUACAACACCAGCAGCAGUGAGCGAAACAUCUGAGAUCUCGUGUUUACAUUGAUGGAAUACAAGAAGGGGAUUUCAAUGAAGUAUGCCUAAACUUGCCCGAUUUUACAUUAAUUUUGGGAAUCCGGUUGCCAUUUAUUACGCAGGACAAAAUGUCCAAGGAUACCUUAACGUUGAAGUUGAUAAACCGUUAAAUCUGCAAUGUAUCCGGGUGUAUGUGAAAGGUGAAGCAUUUGUCCACUGGACUGAUCAGCGCAUGCGUGGACCAGCUCCUUUGCGAACCCCUGGAACACGUCAUCACUCGGCUCACGAAGAAUACUUUGACUUCACAACGACAGUUCUUGGAAGCAAUGAAAAUGAUGCUCCAAAGUUAACAUUACUACGAGGGAACUAUUGUUACCCAUUUCAGUUCCAGCUCCCUCAAAACCUCCCAUCCUCAUUUGAAGGGGAAUAUGGUCACGUAAGGUACACAAUUAAAGGGACCAUAGAAAAACCAAAGAGGUUUACCCACGUGACUAAAACUGCCUUUUCUGUGAUUGGUCCACUGGACUUGAACACUUUUCCACAAAUAGAAUCUCCAACUGGCAUGACGCUUACGAAGAACUUGUGUUGUUUAUGUUGUACUUCUGGCCCCAUAAGUGCUUUUCUGUCGCUUCCAAGAAGGGGCUAUGUUCCAGGAGACAUAAUUCCCGUGACAGUCGAACUCGAAAAUCUGUCAAGUCGGAAAAUAGCAAGUUCGUCCAUAACACUCACAAUGACAACGAAUUUUCACAGCUCUGACGAGUCUCGAACUGUAAGCACACAGAUCGACAAAAUCAUGCAUGGUUCAGUACCCCGGGGCACAACAAGCACGUGGGCAGACCAGGGGAUUCCCCUUCCUGCACUCCCUCCCAGUUUUCUAUUUGGAUGUAACAUUAUAGAUAUACAAUACAAAUUAGAGUUACGAGUGAAUGCUGUUGGACCGUCUUUUGAGAUGUAUGUACCACUAGAAAUCAUUGUUGGAACCAUGCCAUUACGUUCUACCAUGAGACCAAUCCCACAAUCGCCUCGACAUGACUCAAGGUCACGGGGUCAACGAUCCACGUCAUCGCAUGCUUCUUCGGAUCAGUAUGCUGUAUCACUGACCUAUAUGGAGUCCCGGUUGGGAGGGGUCUGUAUUAAGGAAGAAGACGACCCUGAGGACAUGAAGGGGGACCACCACUUCUCUCCUGUCUAUCCGUACUACAUAUGGACGGACUGAUGUAAAAGAACAACCCCACCAUGCAUUUGUGAUUUCUGAAUUGUCAUAGCGCCACUGUUGUGUGAUGGAAGACCUAUUAGUGCUUCAACUUUUUGUCCAAACUUGUGACAAGAAGAGUAAAAUCAAAAUCACGACUUGUAAUUCGGUUCCAUUCCUCUUUAUUGCAACAUACUAGUAGUUUACGUGCGUUUAUGAGACAAGAUCAGGGUAUAUGCUAAUGUUUUGUAAUUAUCAGUACCCUAUGGACAUUUCACUCCACUUAAUCUGAUGAAAAAAGGAAUAUAUUUUUUCAGUAACUCACUUGAAAGAAUAAAAGUGUACAAAUAUCAUAA